AAAGAAAAAAAAACGCACAACAACGAUGAGCUCGGCGAAGCCAAACUUUCUGUCACAGCCGAUCGUGAAGAACGUUUUCAUGUACCGAAACGGCGACCCUUACUACGAUGCGCGCCGGAUCGUGGUCAACCAAAAGAGGGUGGCCAACUUCGACACCCUGCUGCGAGAGGUGACCGGCGGGAUACAAGCGCCGUUCGGGGCGGUGAGAAACAUCUACACGCCGAGAGGAGGUCACAAGGUGGACUGCUUGGAGAGCCUCCAGAGCGGGGAGCAGUACGUCGCGGCGGGCAGGGAGCGAUUCAAAAGGCUGGAUUACCUACAGAUUGGUUCAAGAAGGAAGAAGAUGAUGCAAACUCCACUGCAGGCCAAACCACUGCCACCAAAUCGUAUUAUCGUGUCAGCUCGAUUUCUGAAACCCAUCAAGGAGCCGUGUACAAUUUUUGUGGUAUCAAAUGGUGACGUCUUGAAUCCUGCCAUGAGGCUGUUAAUCCACCAGAGGAUGCUCAGCCAGUUUGAAAGAAUAUUGGAGCUGAUCACAGAGAAGAUGGGAUUGAGGGUCUUUGGGGGUGUCAGAAGUCUCUACACCUACGAAGGCCAUCAGGUUUCUGAUGGGAAUCAACUGGAGUGCGGUCAGCUGUAUGUUGCUGUGGGAAGAGAAAGGUUUAAAAAGCUGCCCUACAGUGAUCUUCUCUUCACAAAACCCAGAGGGACAAGGAGAGUCAAUGGAAUGAAAGCUUACUCUCUGCCGCCUAUCUACAGAUUCUCCAAGCAAAAUGGAAAUAGCAAGUCUACGGUCAGAUGCGUUGACAGUGGUGAUAGCGAGUCUAAGGCCGCUCCUCUAAGCCACACCGGCAGCAAGGAUCGUCUAUCCUCCAUCGUCAGAGAGAUCUCUCAGGCCAGGCUCCUGUCCAUCAGGAAGAGGAGCAGUGGACAAAGCAUCUCUAACAAUGAAGACUUGGAAUCAAAGAAAGAUGAUGGCAACACUGAGGACGAGACUUGUCAACACGAGCCAGCUGAGGAUGUGGAAACACACACCACUAUUCCUGCAGAUGAUGCUACAAAAGCCGCAGAGGAGAAUGCUGAAAUAGCGGCAGAUAAAGAGGAGGAUGUUGCUGUAAGCAUCAUAGAAGAAGAACCUUCCGCUACUAAAGAUGAAAACCAUGAGAAUAUUGGCAAAAAAGAGGAAGGGGAAGAUAAGGACGAAAAUACCGAGCAAAACGCAGAAAGAUCCGGAGCAGCGACGGGAUCGGAAGAGGUCGAGGAUGAGGUCGAAAAACAAGUACAGGAGGUGGUUGCAAAUGAGAGUAAGGAGGAGGUUAAAUGUGAGGAGACGGGGUCCAGCAGUAGCAACAGUGAUAAGAUCCAGUAUAGUGAAGAGAAAGACCACGGGGGCCAUACGUCUGGUGAGGGCGAGAAGGAUGAGCAAGACAGAAAUACAGAAGAAGAGACACAAGAUAAAGAUAGUGAAAAGGGGGAGAAAAGCAGUGAGGACCAAGUAAAUGAUGAAGACAGUGGGAAUGAUCAGAAAGAGACAGGAAACAGCAGCGAGAUGAGUCAUUCAAAUAACGAGACACAAGAGAACCACGGCGGCAGACACCAGCAUGAAGAUGUGAGCAAAACAGAAGAGGGAGCUACCAAGGAGUCAGAAGACGCGAAGAAGGAGGUGAACGGAGAGGUCAGUGGGGAAGAUGAUGAAGUGCUAAGUGGAGCAGAGCUGGACAAUGAGGGGAAUUCAGACCAAGAUGCUGAAAGAAAUGAAGAAAAAUUGGUGGAUUGUGAUAAAGAUAGUCAGGAUAAAAACAGGAAAUAAGGAAUCAGAAAGAAAUAGUUCCUGGAUUAGAGGUGAUGGAAUUAUUAAGGAACAGUAUCUCUUACAAUCCUAAAAUAAUGAGGGUGACAGAGCAAGGUAGAAGCAGGUUGCACAAUGAGGCCAUGAAGAGUCAGCACUGAAAAGUAAAGGGUCUCAAAUGUCAAGCAAGCAGCCGAAGCUUUGCCAGCUUAAUGAUGGCAGGUAAGAAACAACCGUGAGAUAUUCAGGUACACAUAUCACACGCUUUUCCUCCAAAUAUCAUUUCUGAAACAGAUGGAUUACAUUACAUUACAGGUCAUUUAGCUCACGCUUUUAUCCAAAAGAGACUUACAUUGCAUUUUUAAUUCAUGGCUUUUUUGCCCGGGGAGAAAUUAGGGGUUAGGUGUCUUGCUCAGGGACACUUCAACAUGGAGCAGUCGGGGCUCAAACCAUCAACCUUGCAGUUCCUAGUGCACCCUCUCUACUCCAUGCACCACCAUCGACCCCUCCCUUAAAACAAGUUAAAUGUCUGUGGUGAGUCAUAUGAAUUAUAAUCAUAUAAUGUUUAGUAAAUAUAUAUUUAUAAGUAACAGGUAUGAACACACUAGUUUGUUUUUUUGAGAUUCUUAUCUAUAUGUAUAGGACAUUUUGGUCUAUUUCUCAAACAGUUGAUAUAUAUAUAUAUAUAUAUAUAUAUAUAUAUAUAUAUAUAUAUGUUUUUUUAUGUACCAUGUGCUAUGUAUAAUAUUGUAGAAAUACUGUAUGCAUCUGAAUGUUAUUCCAAAUCAUGAUCCUUCAUUAGAUUUUCAUUACGUCUCAAGAUCUCUGUUUGUUAAAAUGUAUCUCUUAACAUCCAUCACCUUUAAAGGAUGCUUUAAUAAUACUUGCUGUCACUUCAUUAUAACCAUAUGUAAUCAAAUUUGUCAAAAAAUAAUAAAUAUGAUACUUAGUGUCAUACGAUAUACAAUGUGUGUGAAAUUCAUCUUGUCUCAAGGCACUACAGUGUUUUUUAAUGGUUUUUUCAUAAGUACUUCUAAUUACCUCCAUUAUUCAUUAUUAUUAAACACUGGCUGCUUAUCCAGCACAAACAUAGACAGUGAUGUGUGUUUGUUGCUAGGGCAACUCACCCUAUACAGCAUAAGGUUGUUACAUAACAGGUUAGAUGUAGAUAAAGUGUGAAUUGCAUGACCGCACAACGUUUCUAUAACAAUUUUUGACGGUCCGAUGACAGAAGAUUCAUAUGAUGUAGGAACCGCAUCUUUCCAUUGAAACAAGGUCGCAUCAAGCUGCCACGAGCCCCCUCACACAGUGUGAACUGUGAUCUAAUUCAGUAUAUAUACGAUGGCCUCGCCGCCCUCUCAUCUCUGCAGCUGCUCAAACUGGAACUCCGUCGAUGUAUUGGUGCGUCACUAACCCACCAGGGAGCAACACGGUUGAGAUGGAAGGAGAGACACUGAGAUGGCGAGGAGGAGAGGGAGGGCGUGCGAGUGAGUCAUAGUGUCUUUCUGCUCAAAUUUUCCCUUGCUUGUGUGUCAUUGGGCACAGUGAGAGUAGCUACACAGGGGAAUGGAGGCCUGGUGGGUUUCAAACACUCUUUAUAACUUGUAUGGUAACCUAUUAUAAUUAGAAGAAAUGCAGAAUGCCGUCUUGCCCAUGUGAUAUUCGUAGCAUUGUUAGGUAUGAAAUCAUUCCUGAAAAUACGGACAAUAUUUAUGAUUCAGUCAGUCAGUAGUCAAUAGAAAUACAUUAUUGAGACGUUUUGACCUGCAGAUAUUUCAAUUUUUAUUGUGUUCUUUGAAAAAUAGACAUACUGUAUACAGACAUUAAUAUUUAUGUAUAUUUGUUCUUUAUUCAAUCCAAUCUUUAUUCAAUCCAAUAAGUAGAGUGCAUGUGUUUUAUCUACUGGGAUAAUCCGUAUUACAUCAUCAAGUGACACUUGAAUGGUUGGAUUAGGAGCAGACGAUUCAUUAUGAAUUUUAAAUUGUAAAGUAAAACAACUUGGGUCAAAAUAAGGAUAAAACAUUUACAACUCACAGCAUGGAAGAACAAGUGAUCACAUUUCAUGAUAUUUUAUUAACCCUGUGACUUCACUGGAAGGUUUUUUUGAUAACCGAUUGUUUAACAGUUUUCUUUUUCUUCUUGUACUGGAUGUUUUAAACUUGACAGUGAUUGUGUGAAUUUCUUGAACAUGUCUUGAUAAUAUGUAAAUUGUUUUUCAUAGUUAAAGCUACAAGUUUGAGUUGAAUUUGAGAUCAAAUGUGUUGACGUACUAACAUAGAAUGGAGAGAUAAAUGAAAAUAAGGACCAUUUGCAUGGACACAUGAUAGCCAGCAUAGCAAAAGCUCAUAUAGCUUAUAUAAUAUAUGUUUAUGGAAGCAGUAUAUAAACAUAUAUAAUUUCACACAGUACGUAUCUCGCAUGGAUUUCAAGAGGAUGAACGGUUGGGAAAAACAGCACAGAUGCACGGUAGCUUGAUGGCACGUGGACGGUGACUAUCCCAAAAAGAUUCUGUUCCAACCAAGUACAGAGAAACGUAAAAGUACCGUAUGUGUGCGCAAUAAAUUCAAAACAAACAAAGAAUAGCAAACAACAAACAUGGCAAUUUAAAAAGGCAGGAUCACAACAUUUUAAAAUAUGUAUUCAAAUACAUACGUAGAUACAGUAUAGUUUUGAAAAGCUGCAAAACAUAGUUACACCUCAUUGUGCUUUUGAGUAAAAGUGAGUGCAAAAAAUAAAAACUGAAAUGGAAAAAGGAAAAGAUCCUUGACAUAACUUCUGUUUCUCACAUGGUAGUAUGCAACCAGAUGGAUGGCUUUGAUGAUACAUACAUACUGUAAGCUGUUCAGCUUGCUGCAUAAUGUAGCUUCAGGUUCUGUUUGUGGGCACAUGAAGGCAGUUAAGUGUUUCCCCCCCUCUUUGUUAUGUAACAUCAUCUGUCACGUCGUUUGUCCGUCCUCCCUCAUUCCGUCUUCAACUCAACACGCAGCACUUGCACAUUUCUUUUUACCAACCGCUAACUGCAAAAAUGUGCUUGCCUGAAUGGACAGAAUGUUGUUGGUAUGAUUGGAUUUGUCAAAGGGAGAAAAGGAAACAAACACAGGAAAAACAUUCAAAGAUAAAAGGUAGAAGACAGAUGAAUGGCCCGUUUGUAUUAGCGAGAAACUUAUCUGCUUGACUAUAAUUUGGUUUUUAAGCAUCAGACUUUGUUUUUCUGCACGUUACGUACGGUUCAGUGUAUAUUUCAUCAUGCUUUCUGGUCUAUCGAUGGGGUUUGACGAUUCACUGAAGGAGACAAGGUCAGACACCUAACAAGACAAGAGAAAUGUCAGUGGGAAGUCUGCCCUGAAGGUUCGAAUCAGCGUUCAUCUAUAAUCUGUUCUGAUGACGUACUGUAUAAAGCAAAGCAAGACUCUUCUCGGCUUAUUGUUGCAUGUAAACAAAGCUUAAAAGAAGAAUUCAGCUACAGUAAAGCACAUGUAGCCUACUAACGUUUGGGAUGGACAGUUCUCAGUGGCGUAAUUAGGUUGCAAUGCACAUAAGUUGAGUGUUCCGCACUCAGGAAAUGUCCUCCUCUUAUCUCCUUUUAGAGACUAUAGGCAGAGAGAUAAUGUGUUCAGUGCUGCUUGUGAUCCCUUUGUGGCAAUGAGGGCCAAUCCUCAAUAACUUCAAUCUGCCUCUCCUGCUCUACACGCCGUCCCACAGUAACACCAUCCCCCUUUAGCAACAUGCGAGUCCACUUGGAAGGAAAAGAUCAACUUAUGAUGUUGUCGUUCAGCUGCUGUGUUCUAUUGAUUUGUUUCUGCGGUUUGUUUUUCUGGGAAGGGCUGAAGACCUGCGCGCGCUUUGUCGAAUCACUAUUAUGCAACGCUUAAACAUUUCUCAGCUCUAUUAACUC